UCACUGCGGCUCCAUCGCUGAGCGGACUGGCCCGCUGCUCUCAUCCGAGACCACAGCGCCGAUUGUCGGAUCUCUAAGCAACCCACCGCCGGCUCGUUGGACCCCGCCAGCUCCUUUUACAAAUGCAAGCGAUCAAAUGCGUGGUGGUCGGCGACGGGGCUGUAGGUAAGACCUGUCUGCUGAUUAGCUACACCACCAAUGCCUUUCCUGGAGAAUACAUACCCACUGUCUUUGACAACUACUCCGCCAAUGUGAUGGUGGAUGGGAAGCCGGUGAACCUCGGCCUCUGGGACACAGCAGGACAGGAAGACUAUGAUAGGCUCAGACCACUGUCUUACCCACAGACGGAUGUGUUCUUGAUAUGCUUCUCCCUGGUCAGCCCGGCCUCCUUUGAGAACGUCCGAGCUAAGUGGUACCCCGAGGUGAGACACCAUUGCCCCAACACGCCCAUCAUCCUGGUGGGCACCAAGCUUGACCUGCGAGACGACAAGGACACCAUCGAGAGGCUGAGGGACAAGAAGCUGUCCCCCAUCACCUACCCGCAGGGCCUGGCCAUGGCACGAGAGAUCGGGGCUGUGAAGUACCUGGAGUGCUCUGCGCUGACCCAGCGAGGCCUCAAGACGGUAUUUGACGAGGCCAUCCGAGCCGUGCUCUGCCCUCCGCCGGUCAAGAAAAGGGGAAAGAGGUGCACCGUGUUCUGAGGAGGAAAUGAUGCUCAAACACAUCACACGACCAUGAACAACAACCACUACUUCUCUGAGAGGAUGAGAGCGAGAGAGAGAGAGAGAGAGAGAGAGAGAGAGAAAUAGCGAGAGUGAGUGUGCACUGCUGAGAAUUUUUUUCUUCGUAUUGAUGUUUUUUCAAAGCGAUAUUGGUAACAAGACCAAUACGUACCAUAUUUUUUACAUAAUUUCUCUGUGAAUGACACUGGCUGUCCAUCUCCUUUGUAAACAUAGAACCACAUCGAGUUGCCAUUGUUUUAUAUGCAGAGGACUGACAAAGGUUUCUAUUACUCUUAUUCAUACUGCAACAUCCCUUCUUUCUCAGCCAUGCUUGCUUGAGUUGAUGCAGUGUUGACUAAACAGAAAGCGAACUGUGAAUACGCCUUCAGGUUUGAAGUUACCCUUAGCGUCUGAUCUAGGAUCAGCAUGUGCUGCCACUGAAACAAAAUUCCCUACCACCGGCAUGCUGUCUACAAUCCGCUGGAACUGACAGCCACAUUUGUGCAGCAGGAACAGGGUUUUGUCCCCAGGGGAGACAAAAUCCUGUUCCUUUGGCAGCCCCUUGUCAUAAGAGGUUUGUGUAAUGGGUGUGUUGUCUGUGAGUAAAACUGAACUUUGGGUUACAUGAAUCCACAUGGUGGUGAAACCUCCUCAUGAGCUGCUCCGUGCUCUCCUGAAAAGGUAAUCCACGAUGCUGGAUUAAUGCCUCUCCGAUGACUUCCACAGUAAAACAGCUCCAAAAUAACACUUACAGCACAGCAGGUUAUGCCAAUAUAAAGAACAAGUCCUGAUAACCAUUUCUAAGCAAAUUAAACAUCUUUUUUCUUAUGUUUUUAUUUGAAUUGGAAAGUAGAUCCGGCGGGUAGCAUCUGUAGGAGACUUCUGCGUAGUAGUCUUGCACCAGUAGGCAACGACCGGAUAGUGCUUUCACAAAAAAUUGUAUUUGCCAAAAAAAAAAAGGGUGCCAGGACUUGUUUUUUAUGUUGGCAUAAUGCACUUUGUUUGCAUGCUCUGUUCAGGAAAGCUCAGAGAAAUAUGUUUCCCAUCAUGAAGGGAUUGCACACGUCACAACCCAGAAACUUGCACCCCAAUUUUUCUUACUUUGCCUUUCACAAAACCUCACCCUAACCUUAACCAAAGUGGAUUUACUUGCCUGAACUUAGCUGCUAGCUAGCCCUUUCACAUGAAGUAGUAAAAUACUUGUGUCCAAUUUGUGCUUUUCUCACAUAUUCCUGUUGUGAAGCAGAAAUUGCCACGAUUUGCGUCUGUAACACGCAAUCUGCAUUUCACAGCUCCUGCUCCAUUCCACACGUUGUUUUUGGAUAGUGGUGUGGUUGUGUUCUUGGCAGGCAUUGAGGCAGGCAUCUGAUUUUAGUCAAGUGUCUAUGGGUAACUUCAUCUAACUCUGUUAACAUGUGACAGACAAGCAUGCCAAACAUGGGGGCUGUACAACCUUGCUGCCUGAGUUCUGCCUCUUGGGCGGAGGAGCUUGCAUGGGUCUUAAUAAUAUUCUCUGUCUUAAUUUAUCCCAUUGUUUAGAUCUUAUCUAUGUUCUGUGUGGAUGAGUGCGUGUGCUCCAAGUGUGUGCGAGUGUGUGUCUGCGCGCGAGUGUGUGAGAGAGCGUGAGAGAGCACAUGGUAUCGGUGAGAGAGCGCGCUUGGGUUAGUGUGUACAAGACAGUAUUGUUUUGAGCAGAUUUUUUAGUGUCAAGUUUUUGGUACUAUUUCAUAUUGUAUUGUAGUAAUACACAAGACUUUUCAACAAACUGUCGACAUAAAGAAAGAAAAAAGUAAAAGGGAUAUUUGACAAGUCUAGUGAUGUACAGAAUAACCCUUAGAGAAGGAAUGCAUUAUGAAUAUCUAUCUACAUGUACCUGAAUAUUUAGCUUUUAAAGACUCCAACAAUUCAAACUAAAAAGGAUUAUAGUCGCUCACAUUGAAGUUAGAAGUGUUGCAAAACAUUGUACAAUAAAGGGGCCAAUCUUUGUGUAGUUUGUCGGUUGUGGCAAACAGUGCGGAUUGCACCUUUUUAUGAAAUGCAUUUCUGUAUGGUUGCAGCUAGGACGUUGGGUGCGCGUGUCUCCCUCGCCCCGGCGCGACACAGCACUGCAGUCCUGUCCGUCACGCUGUCUUUGGUUGGCAUAGCAAACUGUGUGGUUGAAUAAUGUCGUGUCUGGUCCUGCCUAGGGUGUUGAAAAUGUAGCUGAGAAACGCAGCAAAAAAUACAAAUGUACUAUUGCAUGGAAAUUAUCUGGUUAUUUGACCCGCUGUAAUUCUUAGGAGAGGUUGUAUGAUGAAAUGCAUUGGCCAUGUAUGUAUGUAAUGUAAGAUGACUUGUAUACUUGUUCCAACUGUUUGUCUUAUUUUUUAUGACUUCACGUCUGUGUGGUGAAAUAUUUCAAUUUUUGUAUACUAAAUACAAAUGUAUAUGUAAGGCA